AUGGAGGAGACACCGCCCCUGCUGCUGGGCAGCCGCAAGCCGCACCUGGAGAAGCUGACCCUGGGGGUCACCCACAUCCUAGAAUCAUCCCCAGGUGUGACAGAGGUGACCAUCAUAGAAAAGGCGCCUGCUGAAUGUCACAUGAUUUCUUCAUGGGAACAAAAAAAUAACUGUGUGCUGCCUGAGGAUCUGAAGAACUUUUACCUGAUGACCAACGGCUUCCACAUGACAUGGUAUGUGAAGCUGGAUGAACACACCAUUCCAUUGGGCAGCAUGGCAGUUAACAGCAUCUCAAAACUGACUCAACUCAACCAGUCUUCCACGUACUCUCUUCCUAACGCACCAACUCUUGCAGACCUGGAGGAUGAUACACAAGACGCUAGUGAGAACCAGCCAGAGAAGCCUCACUUUGAUUCUCGUAGUGCGAUAUUUGAGCUGGAUCCUUGCAACCUGAAUGGGAAGGUUUGCCUUGCCUACAAAAGAGGGAAACCAGCAUUAGCACAAGACACUGAGAUCUGGUUCCUGGACAGAGCGUUAUACUGGCAUUUUCUCACAGAUACCUUUACUGCCUAUUAUCGCCUGCUUAUCACCCACCUGGGCCUGCCCCAGUGGGAGUAUGCCUUCACCAGCUAUGGCAUUAGCCCACAGGCCAAGCAAUGGUUCAACAUGCAUAAACCCAUCACCUACAACACAAACCUACUCACGGAAGAGACCGACUCCUUUGUGAACAAGCUGGAUCCCAGCAAAGUGUUCAAGAGCAAGAACAAGACAUUAGUCCCCAAAAAGAAAGGGCCUGUUCAGCCUGCAGGUGGCCAGAAAGGGCCCACGGGUCCUCCUUCCACCUCUAAAUCCUCCUCUGGCUCUGGAAACCCUGUCCGAAAAUAA